CGUGUCUGGGCUGUGCUUGCGGCAUGGAGGCGCUGGGGCAGCGGCAUCGCUCUCUCUACAAGGGGGCCGCAGCCCCGCCCUGGAAGGAGACUUACCGCCGGCGCUGUGUGGAGAGACUUAAAAACAGUCGUGCCAAGCUGCUGGAUCGAUACCGCCAGGCUGGGGAGAAUGUGCACUGCAAUGCGAGGGGUGCUCUUCUCGUGCAGGAGGUGAUGGAGGAGGAGUGGCAGGCCUUACAGUCAGUGAAUGUGAGCCUGCCCUCCCUCAGGAGAAAGGAGGCGCUGUCACAGGUGUUGGAGGACCCUGAUGAACUAGCAGUACUGGAGGAAAUCCAACAAGAGUUGCUCUCGCAAGAACAGUUGACAAUAGAAGAAUAUGAACGGAGUCUGCAGUUUGACCAGGAGUGCCUCAAUGCAAUGCUUGACAGCUUGGACGCAGGCAACAAGAUUAUCUGUCCAGUGUGUAAAAGGAAUAACCUGACUGUGAUGAGUCAUUUGGUUUUAUGCCAGUGUGGAUUAUACAUCAGCACCCAGGGCAUGACAGAACAGAAGCUCCAGUCACUUCUAGAAGAGAGUGUAACAGAACAUGGUCAUCAGUGUCUUCACAAUCCUGAGUUCUCCUUCACUAGUGGAAUGGAGGGAGAAGCCAAUCUUCUCAUGAGCUGUCCGGUCUGUGACUCUUGGACAGUUCUCAUAUAACUACAACCCUGCUGGGGUUUCUCCAUGGAAAGAAUACACUAGUAAGAUCCUUCUUUCAGCCUCUAAGCAACUUGAAUGGCAUCCUGCACAUCUUUUCUUUUUAUAUUUAACUGUAUAUAAUGUUUUUGUACUUUAAUACUGGAUAUCAAGCAAUAUUAAUCUGCACUUUUGAUAGCUAAAUAAAUAUUUGAAAUGAGAUGUGGCUAUUCACAGAAAUGAGACAAGCCUCCCAGCAUCUUGAAUUCAGCACAAGCCUUACGGCUGCCUCUCUGGCUUUCCAUUUAUUUCCUGUUCUGCAGCAAGAACAGCUGGGGCUCUGCCUAUCUCAGCUUGUGUAGUUACAUUUGACUUACUCUAGAGCAGGAGGUGCCUGCUCCAGGGUUGAUGGAAAAUUUCAGUUGUGAAAUGUAAGUGAACAUACACCAAGACCAAACUGGCCCUUACAAAAAUUACAUUAAAGUCUUCCCUCUCACUGGA